CCGUGAACGCCAACGGAAUGCGACGCUUAUCAUGGACAUGAACGGGUCUAAUACCACAAUCAAAGAUCCAGAGAAUAUGAAGGAAGAUGGGAGGAAGUUCACUUUUGAUUACAGUUACUGGUCACAUGAUGGGUGUAAGGAGCGGUCUGAUGGAUACUGGGAGGCGGACCCCAAACAUGCUAACGGAAAGAAGUUCUGUGACCAGAAACGGGUCAUGGACGAUCUUGGGGCCGGCGUCCUGAAGAACGCCUGGGAAGGAUACAACUCCACCUUAUUUGCAUACGGUCAGACAGGAUCUGGGAAGAGUUGGUCCAUGGUUGGCUAUGGGGUAAACAAGGGAAUCGUCCCCAUGUUUUGUGAGCAGAUUUUUGUCGGCAUCGAUGCGAAGAAGGCUGCAGGAGAAAAGAUAGAGUUUGAGGUGUCUUUUAGUAUGUUGGAGAUUUAUAAUGAGAAUGUGCGAGAUUUGCUGAACCCUGCCAAAAGUCGUGGCGGGUUAAGAGUCAGGCAGCAUCCCAAGAAAGGAUUUUAUGCUGAGGGAUUAAGAGUGGCCGCUGUCAGUAGUUACAAGGAAAUAGAGGCCAAGAUGGAAGAGGGAACCACUAACCGGACGGUGGCCUCGACGAACAUGAACGCCACGAGUAGCCGUGCUCACACAAUCGUCGGUAUCACGUUUGUGCAGAAGUUCAAGAACGCAGCUGGGGAGGAAACUGCUAAGACCGCUGUGGUCAACUUGGUGGAUUUGGCUGGAAGUGAGCGGGCAGAGAGCACAGGCGCCACUGGUGACCGUCUUAAAGAGGGCGCUGCUAUCAACCAGUCUCUGUCCACGCUGGGAAAUGUAAUAUCCGCUCUUGCAGAUCAGUCAUCUGGCAAAAAUGUCAAAGUGCCCUAUCGUGACUCCGUCCUGACAAAACUGCUGAAGAAUGCUUUGGGUGGAAACAGCAAGACAAUUAUGAUUGCAGCUGUGAGUCCUGCUGACAUCAACUACGAUGAAUCUCUGGGAACACUGCGAUACGCUGACAGAGCAAAACAAAUCAAGACGAAAGCCUCCGUCAAUGAAGAUCCGACAGAAAAGUUGAUCCGAGAGUUAAAGGAGGAGAACGAUGCACUGAAAGCGAUGCUGGAAGGCGGCGGUGCAAUGGUCAUGAUGAAGGGUGGAGAUGGAGAUGUUGAUGAUAUGACAGAUGCAGAGCGUGAGGCUUACAAGAAACAGAUGGAGGAGGAGUAUCAUGCCCUGGUCGAGGAGAAUCAGCGUGAGAUGGAGGAGAUGAAGAAAACAUUUGAAGAGAAGUUGGCAGCAAGUCAUUCAUCUGGACAGUCUGACUUGUUGGAAGAACAACUGAAAAAAAAGAAGACCGUACCGCAUAUCUCCAACUUGAACUUUGACCCCCAGUUGUCUGGCCAUAUCGUACACUUUGCUGAGGGGAGCAGGCGGAUCACAGGCAAGAGAAGUGAUGAUAGCAACGACAUUGUGUUGAUGGGACCAAGUAUGCAAGAAGACCAUGCUACUCUUGUGAAUGAGAAGGGUGUUCUGUUUGUAGAACCUUCAAGCUCCUCCGCCAAGGUGACACACAACGGUGUCCCGAUUACUGAGAAGACCACAUUAAAACACAACGAUCGCCUCGUCUUUGGCACAAGUCAAAUGUACGUCAUCAUCAAUCCAAAGGAGCGGGAUAGCUCAAAGAAGACGUAUCCGGACAUAACGUAUGAGAUGGCUUCAGAGGAGAUUGCAGCCAACUCUGGUUUUGAUAUGAAAACCGAGAAUAAAUCAAAGGAGGAAAUGUUACUACAAGAGGACUUGGUUGAAAUGCUGCCAGCAGUGGAGGAGGCAAAUGCAAUCAGUGUUGAGCUCGACAAACGCAAGAAGUUCGAAGUGAUGAUUGUCUCUCCUGAGGCACGGGGUGAUCUCAAGGGAAGGAGUGAGGUGUUCGUCAAGACGAUUGACAUCGACACCGGCCACGAGUGGUUGUGGCCACGACAUAAAUUCUUCAACCGGAAAUACGUGAUGCAGGAGAUGUACCAGAAUUAUACGGAGGGAGAGGAUUGGGAAUUGCCACCGGAAAAGGAUCCAUUCGGCGAGGACCCUGACGCCGAGGUCCAUAUCGGCAGUGUGAAGAUCUGGUUACAGCCACUGUCCUACAAGAUCGAGUUACGAGAACAACUAGAGAUAACAGACUUCAAGGCCAAUGAAGUGGGAUUACUGAAUGUCGAGGUCAUCCCAUGUGAUGCUAAAGGGAAGGAGUACACGGAGCAAGAUGAUGUUUUCCUUGAGGAUCCUCUUGAACUUAUUGGUACCGACUGUAACUUUGUUGUGAAAUUAAAUAGUGCCAGGGGCUUGCCUAAUAAAUACACUGCUGUUUAUGCCAAGUAUCUGUUCUACUUGGACGAUGAGUAUUCAACGACAGGAAAGAUUGACAACACAACCAAUCCAGACUGGAUCCAUAAAAAGGUCUUCAGCUAUAAUCCGGCUACACAUGAGCUAGUCAAAUACCUCUCCAACAGUGGCAUUAUGGUUCAAAUAUGGGGCCGCCACAAACCGCCGAAAGGUGCCAAGGCAAGUGGCAGUACCAAGCAGAUCCUUCAGUCACAAACCAGCAAGGGAACCAUUGCCACUACUGAGAAACAUGUUGAUGCGGAUAAGAUAAAACUGGCGAUGGAGGUCAAGAUGCUGCAGAAAAGGCAGGAGAAACUGGAACAGAAAUUGGCCUGGUUCAGAAAGAUGGUGGAGAUAUCGGACCAGUACAAAAAGAAACGCAUCUCCCUGUCCGUGAUCAAGGGCGUCCUGGAGGCCCACUCCCAGGAUCAGGCCGAGAAGUGUAUGGCACUCAUUCCCAAGGAAGCAGAUGAUGACGAUGACCAUGACAACAAAUCUCCAAAGAAAGCCUUGAAGUCUAGAAAGCACUCUUCCUCAUCCAGUAGUAGCUCGUCUAGUGAUAGCGAUUCCGAUUCUGAAAAAAAGAAAAAUAAACCGAAAAAGAGUAAAAAGCCCAAGACUGAAAGUCAGGACUCAAGUCCGAAAAAGCCUAAAAAAAUCAAGGUUAAGAGUGCAGAGUCGAGUCCAGAGAAGGAAAAUAAGAAAUCUUCUACUUGCAUGCUUUUGUAACAGAUUGGUGUCCAUGUCUGUUGAGGGUAGAGAUUUUUGUUGCAUGGCAAUGUGAUAAUUAUCCAUACGUUGUGUGACAAAUCAUCACUUGUCUGUGAGUAGAUUUGGUCAUUGCUGGGUUUGACAAGUAUUGCAGGUCACAGUAUGAGUGUGACUGUGGAGCCAGUGUGUUCGUUAUAACAAAUUGACAUUCUAUUGAAGUGCGUGUAAUUUUGUGUUAGAAUAUACAUGUAUGUGUUUUGGAACUGUCUUGUUACAUGGAAAUUGUUCACUUGUUCAGAUGUUUACCACAAUUUCAGGAGGCGAAAAAACUGCCUAUACGUAUAUUCAAGUCAAUCAAUAGAAUUUCAAAGAAUUGUACCUGUUGGUAAAUCUUUUUGUCAACGACCUAGUUGGUAAUGUUUUCACUAAGUUUCAUGCUUAUACAUUUACCUGUGUAUCUGAUGGACUUCUCUGGACUGGUUUUGAUGUAGGGCGCCGAUUGCAACAUUUGCCAUUCAAAGGCCUCCACUGAUAUCAACACCCUGCUUUAUUUGUUGUCCCGUCUUUAUUGAGAUCAUUCCAUUAUAGAAAGUAGCUCUGCUUUUGCUGCAAUUUACCAUAUCAUACAAUUCCCUACAACUUUAAUUGCAAUUUCUUCUUUAUACCAUCAAGUCUUUUUCUCAUUGUUUCCUUUAUACUUGAUUCUAUUCUAACAUCUUUAUUGAUUGAUGGAAUACGAUAUAUUUCUUGUUUGAUAUUUGGUUAAAGUUACUGCCGACUUUCAUUGAAUUGAUGAACUAGGUAUGACUGCAAUAUUUUGUUCUAAUUAUCCUCCUCUCUUAAUCUUUUUUUUACCAAUGCUGCAUCUUUGGUUGCUAUGGUAACUAAUCAGGUCAUAAAGAAGUAAAAAAAUGUGUUCUAAAAGACCCUCAAAAUCCUGGGAACACGGGAACCCCUGAAAGUAAUGUGACACCUUCAAAUCAUCAAUCUCUUGCAACGAAACGACGGGUGUCCUUUCAAGCAAGGGGCGAACUUCUAAAUUUGUCCUCCAUGGGCCCCCACCAAAGUGUAUCAAGUUUAAGUUCCGCAAGCAGGUCUUGCUCAACUUGUUCAUUAAGUUCACGGCAAUCAGAGUCCUCUGUCGUUCCCAAAUGUGACGCCACAGGUCAAGUCAAAGUUAUAACAAACGAAAUGUACAAUUAUCCCGAUUUAAUUGCCCAUUCGAGCCAUUCCGGUGAAGUCUGUCAGACACCAUCUGACACGUUACCUCGUCCAAGGCGCCGAUCUCGUGCUAAUUCUAUCUAUUCCUGGGUCCCAGGUGAGAAGGACCCAAGUUCUUUGCAGCGGCGGAAGUCCACGGGUACGAUUCAGACCAGCAGCAAGUCAGCCAGUUCUCGCACAUGUAUUUUGUUGUAGCCGAUCGGAACCAGUGGAUAUUGAAGGCACAUUUUGCCUCUUCAAAAGAAUCCUAAUCAAAAUGCUCAGGUUGUUGCAAAAUCAAUCAAUAAUCUUUUUAGAUUCAGGGGAAGGUGCAGUGAUGUUCAGAAGAAACCUUGUCUGGCUGGCACACUAUCCCAAUCGCAUCUCUAGGAGCACAUUUCUUUCUAAGGAGGGGUGUGUGAAUGCUGAUGAUGAUAUAUACACCUAUCGAACUGAAGAGUAUGAAAUGUGUUUCAGAAGCGUGUCUAUUGUUGUGUGACAAACAAACAAGGGUGCUUCUGGACAGAAUGGCACCAUUUGUAGGGAUUUUUAUUUGUUGAUAUACAAAUUACAAUGUAUUCUAGUCCAGGGACCGUAAGUUACAUUAAACGAAGAAAAUACAGUUUUUGAAGGUUGCUAAUUUAGAUCCGAGAUUACGUCCAAGGUUUAUGAGGAGAGCAUUUGAUUUUUUCUUAUAGCUUUCGCUUGAAAAGUAACAAUCAAAUUUUUAAACUAUUGCAUUUUUACUUUUGAUGUUCGGUCUACUUUUCAUCCAGCAGGGAGCCAUUGAUAAUCAACCAGUCACAGUCACAAAUUUAUUACAUCAUCCCCAUAGACCAUUGUUGGUCUCUUUGGUGUUAUGUUGUAUUCACUUGAAAAUUAUCAUCAAAUGUAUCAGAGUUUGUUGUAGAAAUGCGUGUUCCUUGGUCUUUGAAAGUUUUGUCUAGUGAUGUUAUGUUUUACAUACAAAUGAUACUUCAGUAAUUAAAAAGUGGGCCAUCUUUGUUCAUUUUUAUCCAAGUAAUUAUGCUAUGGAACUAUGUACUUGAAAUACUGUUGCAUUUUUGCACUUAAAAAGGCAUCCUAUAGUCUUUUUAGAAGUUAAUUCACCGUUUUAUGCAUCAUGUAUAGAUAGAUGUAUGUACUUAACAUGGUUCCAAAUAUAGUAUUACUUUUGUAGGCAGUUUUUGCUGACGUGACGAAAUGCAUAAAUUGAAAUUCCUUCUGGCUGUGUGUUGUGUGAAAUCUCCUUAUUCCGUCAGGUUCUCCUGAAGUGGGAAAUAGUAAGGCAAGUCGGGAAUCGGGAUAUGUGACUUUAUUAUGCACAAAACAUCUCGCCUGCAACUGACUGUCUUUCGCGCCAGGCUCUGAGAGAAUGUAUCACUCCGCGCUCCUCAUCACCCAGCCAGAAUCUUAUGUCGCUGUCCCAAUUGUUAUAUUUUAACUGUUACAAACCUCACUAUACUCUUUAAAAUGUAUUUCAUGCGCUCUGAUUGGCCAGAAAAAUGUUUUAUUACUUCUGAUUGGUCUACAUAAUUGUAAUACUCCUCUUAAUUGAUUGAUGUCCAGGUACACAAUUUCUUCUUCUACUAAAUGUAUAUAGUAUUACUAAAUCCGUCCAAUUUGUUGAGUAUGACUGUCAGAUGGCUUAACUCUUUCGUUUGUGUCAUCAUAAAAUUGUUGGUGUAUUUCUGUCCUAUUCAUACUUAAUUGGUAAAAAGUAAAAAGUGUGUCUUUAUAUACCUCCUCUUUUGUUAUCAUGCAAACUUCAACUUUAUAAAAAGUGAACACUUUUAACUUGCAUUUUGAUUUCAUUCCAAUUCUCCAAGAUAUUUUUUCUUCCAAUAAAGACUUAUAUAAUGCA